UCAACCUUCAACCACAGAGGCAACAUCGCGAAAGCAUGCGAAACAGACCAGGCCAGGGUUUGGGGUUUCAGAAGUCAAUUAGAGAAGUGACAAAUUCUUCCUUAGUUGUUCAUUUUCUCGAAAUCUAAAAGCACAACCUAGAGUCGAGUCGCCAACCUCAUGAAAGUGACAAACUGACACGUUGUCAUUUCCAUCAAAAACAACUUUUUGAAGGACUGCCUUUGAUUUGACGGUCUGCACAUGCGCAGUUCGGCGCGAGACGACAGUUUAGACCCGAUUACGUGUUUCUGCGCAUGAGCUUAGCUAGCCAAAGUCACCAUGACAUCGCCUACUACAAGCGUGAUCGGGGAUUUCUAUUGGAGAAGCAGCUUCUGCCCAUCUUCAUACUGUACUGUCUUUGCUUCAAUUUAAGAACUAUAAAAAUAUGUGAACAUGCGCAAUUCGUAUUUUGCUUACGGGAACUGGAUGAGGCCGGGCUGGUUCUCGUGCUGACGUCCUUUGUAAACAGCGACACGUGGAGGACCACAAUGCAAAGACAACAACAGUACCGCAUUAACAUCACCCAGGUUGACAAAAUUAUCACCGUCCAGGAUAAACAACGAUGUUUUUGAGGAGGAUAUACAACGAAAUAAGGUAGAAAGUUGUUUGACUAUUUUGUCGGUAUUGCAUCGUUUUGCACGUUCAUUGUCUAUGAUGGCGUAUGUCAGUCUCGGAUGCUGUAUGUUAAAGUUAGCUGGCUAUGCAUUUGCGUCUAGACUACAGUAAUCCGGUUUUAGCCCACAUGAUAACCGCUCGUGGAGUUGCAACUGGCUUUCGUUGUGCAGCCAAAGCAAUGAGCGCUGCAGCAGGUUCAUCGUACUUCCAGGCUCCAGAACUUUGUCUGCCUGGAGUCCAGGAAACACGCCCUGGGUGCCCGCCGCGAGUGCGGAGACUGGUCGACAUACCGGGAUGCGAACCGGACCGAGUCAACGACUUGCUUCUACUCAGUACUUCGGAGUCACAGGGACAGUGCGGUUCAGCCAUCGAGGCCUCCGAAGAACGCAGUGCACAUGUUGUGUUUUUCCCUGGAGACAUACAGAACUUCCAGCAGGAGAUGUCGCUCCAGCCGGAGGGGGCGCAGUGGCUGUCCUGGAGCCUGGAGAACGUCGCCCUCACCCUGGGUCGUCGCUUCCCUGACCGCCACGUGUGGGUGAUCCGAGCCUCCCGCAUGUACCUGCACAAGUUCAGCUGCUACCACAACUUUGUGGAGAGCAACCUGUUUGGAGCGCCCGAGCACUCACCUGACUACGGAGCAUUUCGCCACCUCAGGGCACUGCUGAGCAACGGCAUGGAGCAAGCUGGCUUGCCUAACCCCCUCCCGCUUCAAGGGUGCGGCGACAAAGUCACCCCUGGUUUCUCCUUGGCCGUGGUGGGCUUCAGCAAAGGCUGCGUGGUGCUCAACCAGAUGGUGUACGAGCUUGCGAGGGCGCGGGCUGACCCGGAGCUGGGGCCAUUUGUGGAGCGCCUCUCAGACAUGUACUGGCUGGACGGCGGCCACCCGGGAGGCAGCGAGACCUGGGUGACUGACAAGCGGGCGCUGGGGGAACUGGCAGCCAGCGGGGUUGCGGUCCACGCCCACGUGACACCGUACGAGGUACGUGACCCCAUGCGGGCCUGGGUGGGCCGCGAGCAUGGGUGCUUUGUCAAGAAACUUGAGGACCUAGGCGCCCGACUCAGCCAGAAGCUGCACUUUGAGGAUGAGCCCGCAUCCAUCGAGAACCACUUCCGGAUCAUCCAGGAUUUCUGAGGUGUUCGUUCAUUCCUGACUGUCUAUUGGCAUGCAAAGUAAAAAAAAACUGGCAAAGCUUGA